GGAUAGUAGGACAAGAGCGGGCCCGAGGGCAGAGCUCCCACUUGUCAAUUGCCAUGGGCGACCAUGACCCAUCCAAACCCUAACCUCACGUUAACCCAUCAUCAUAUAGAGCGCCUGCCCGUGGUGUUCCAUUCUUUCACUGUACCAUCAGAAAUUUUUGGUUCAGUGCACACGGUGUUUACCAGUCUUUCCUUUUUUUUUUUGCUUUCGGGCGGCUCUGUAUACGCAGCAGUAGUUAUCAUCAGCUCCAAGUUCCAACACGUACUAGUUCGUACUUGCAGAGGUUUCAGAUUUACAGAGCCGCAAUUAGGUUAACUACGAAUUAUGCUGUAAGUUUACCCCGGGUGUUGAAGAAAUUCGUUUGUUGGUGUAUGAAAAAAAUAGCGAGGAGGAGGACGAGGACGAUCUUGUGCCAGGAGAGGAGGGGAGUGAGGAAUAGUAGUGAUUUUGUGAAAUCUGAGAAUCAGUCCUGGCAGCGGCCAAGUGGUGGGCGGGGAAUGUGUCGAUGGCGGGGAUGGAUCCAGGUGCCCCCUCAGCCUACGCUACUUCUCAGCUGCCCGGUUCCCUUCACCUCCACGCACCUUCAGACGACGAGAACAGCGGGAACAGCGGCCCGGGCAGGGGGCAGAAGAGGGGCCGCGAUGAGAAAAACAAUAGCAGCAGCAAUAACAACAAUGGAAAUGCAAAUGGAAAGGGCGAACAGAGUUUGGCCGUUCAGGAUGUCGGGGAAGGAGGGAGGCGUCCUAGGGGACGCCCACCAGGGUCCAAAAAUAAGCCUAAGCCACCCAUCAUUAUAACCCGGGACAGUGCGAAUGCACUGCGAGCUCAUGUACUGGAGAUUGCAAAUGGGUGUGAUGUGGGCGAAAGUGUUGCGACGUAUGCACGGCGAAGGCAGCGCGGGGUUUGUAUUCUGAGCGGCAGUGGAACUGUGACCAAUGUUACGCUAAGGCAACCGGCUGCCCCGGGUGCAAUUGUGACGCUCCAUGGAAGGUUUGAGAUUUUGUCCCUGUCGGGUGCUUUCAUGCCUCCUCCUGCGCCCCCUGGGGCAACUGGAUUGACAAUUUAUUUGGCUGGGGGGCAAGGACAGGUUGUGGGAGGGAAUGUUGUGGGUGCGCUUGUGGCUUCUGGCCCAGUUGUGCUUAUUGCGGCUUCUUUUAUGAAUGCUACUUAUGAGAGGCUUCCUUUGGAUGAGGAAGAGCCCAUGGCUUUGCAGAAUCCCGGUGGUGGAGGACCUGGUUCACAGCAUCAGCAGUUAACGGAUCCGUCCAAUAUGCCCAUCUAUAACCUACCGCCUAAUUUGCUCAAUGUUCAACUGCCUUCCGAUGCCUAUGCUUGGGCUCCUGCUAGGCCUCCUUAUUGACAUGACCAAUUUUGCAGCAGCAGCAGGAUGGCUUCUUCAACAGCUCUUUUCCUAACGGGUGAACGAGUUUGGUGAUAGGAUGCUAUCCUCCUUACUUAGAAGAUUGGUUUCUAGUUUCAACAAGGGUUUCACCGGCAGAGCUUUUGGUGGAGAUCUUUGAUGCAUUGCAUAAUUGGUGUUGGUGCAAUCUUUGAUGGAGUUUCAGGAUGUUGUUGGUGAUCAUGUUCGAGACUUGACAUUUGGAGAUCAUUGCUGAAGCGUGUAGACCUAUACUUGGUCCCGGUUGAUCUAGGUUAUGGACUGGCAUUAAUGUAACAUGUGGAUAGGACCCUUUGUUGUAUUUCUGGUAUAUCUUAUGUGUGGAUAUUAUUUGUUUUGGUCUAAGGCUGACAUGGUUUGUAAUUAUGUAAUAGGUUUAUUGUUUGGUGACCGACCUGAUUGUUUAUGGUCGAGAGUUUGUAUAAAUAAGAUGUAAGAUCUCAUUGUAGAUCAUCAUGGUUAUUGUAAGAGGUCAUGGUCAAGGAAUGUAAUGUGUGAAUAAUCUAAUAUCACUUUGGCAGAGGAGUUGUACGAUCAUUGGAGAUCAAAUUGGGUUUGUGUAAGAGGAUUUAGUACUUCGGUAUUGAGCUUAACCAGAGCUGUACUCUGGCAUAGGAGAUGCUAUCUUUUGUUGUUCAAUACUUCUCCAGAUUGUAGUCUAGAUUUGUAUGUAGUCAGUGAGGCUCCCUUUGUGAUGAGCAGUGUGCUCUAGGCUGCUGGCCUUCCUACAAGUGCAAGCCCCUUUAAUGUAAUUCACAUACUUACUGC